AUGCGGCUGUGCGCGCCGCUGCCAGCGCAUGCCGCUAGCUGUUCCUGCGUCUUGCGAUCACUGUGCGCGACCUCUGCAGGUCUGUCUCAACGCCUAUCGCUCAGUGAUCAGCAGCAGCAGCGCGAUGUCCGGGAAGCGAUCCAAGCCGCAGGCCAAAAAACAAGUCAAUCUGGCGCGUUCUCUGACACAUCUAAGGACUAUGCGCCUGGCCCAUCGGACACCAGAUGGAAUCCCGCGAAGGAUCCCGCGACCGUCUUUCUUCCCGCACCUCCCGGGCUCCCUCCGGCGCUCGCACUGAAUAAGGGCAAGAUAAAGGAGCUUUUUCAAGGCCGAGAGCUCGCGCAGCAGCCAAGCCAGUCAAAGUCGGAUGGAUGGUCCGGCUCGCUUGAGGCGGCCGCCGAAGGCCAGUAUCCUCCAGGUUUUUGGGGUGUGGUCGCCGACGGAUUCGAUGGCAAGAACGUGAUCGAUGCGGGUGACGUGCAGAUGGGCGAGCCGGGGGAUUCAUUGCACGGGUCUUGGCGGCGCGCGGAAGCGAUCUUGGAGGAUAGCACCACCGAUGCGGCCGGAAUGGAGGUGGACGGCAGCGACGAGGAGCCGCUACAAGUCAAUCGCGCAAAUGAGGCCUACGUCGACAGCGAUACGGAUGAAGGAAGUGUAGAUCAGGAUGCGGGUGGAGAUGAGGAGGCCGAUGAUGAUGAGGAGGCUGCUGAUGGAGAGGAGGAUGAGAAGGCGGCCGCGGGUGGACAGGAAGCAGAUGACGAGAGCAGCGACCGUGAGGAUUACCAGGAUGGGGAACCGCCCGGUGUAGACGCUGAUAGUGCUGAGGUGGAGGCCACAAUGAAGCCGUCGGACGAUGGAAUGGACCUGUACCGCCCGCGCGAACGGUCAACCAGCGCCGUACGCACGGAACCAGAACUGGACAGCGAGGGAAACUCCCCUCCGUGCCCAGUGCCUGCCGCGCUCACUCAAGAUCCUGCCUCACCCAUGUCGGUCGGGCGCCCGCGUCGCCUUGUAGGUAGUUCUGCGGGCGGAGGGGCGAAACAGACAAGGGUGCACAUUCCUGUAUGUGACCAUCCCACAGUAUAUGCUUGUAUGCUCACCGGCCGCCUAUAUAUAUAA